ACCAGAAUUCACUACUAUUGGUCAGGGGCAAAUACCACUGGCUGUGCGUCCUCAGUCACUUUGUGCCAUUUUACCAGGUUGGAGCCAAAGGAAAGUUUGAAAAAUGAACCUUUUGGGAAGCCUUAUUGCGGGAUUUGUCAUCCUGCGUGUGGCAGCAACGGCCCCAACUCCAGAGUCCAUCAAUUAUGACUCAGAAACUUACGAUGCUACCUUGGAAGACCUGGACAAAGUAUACAACUAUGAAAACAUACCCAUUGAUCAAGCCGAGAUUGAAAUAGUGACAGCUAUGCCUUCAGGAAACAGCGAGCUCCUCACUCCGCCCCCACAGCCAGAAGAGGUUCAAGAAGAGGAGGAAGAAGAGUCCACACCGAGGCUGAUUGAUGGGUCUUCCCCACAGGAGCCUGAAUACACCGGGGUUCUGGGCCCCCACACCAAUGAAGACUUUCCAACGUGCCUUCUGUGCACCUGUAUAAGUACUACUGUAUACUGUGAUGAUCAUGAACUUGAUGCUAUUCCUCCACUGCCCAAGAACACUGCUUAUUUCUACUCUCGUUUUAACAGAAUUAAAAAGAUCAACAAAAAUGACUUUGCAAGCCUAAAUGAUUUGAAAAGGAUUGAUUUGACAUCAAAUUUAAUAUCAGAGAUUGAUGAAGAUGCAUUUAGAAAGCUGCCUCAACUUCGAGAGCUUGUCCUGCGUGACAACAAAAUAAGGCAGCUUCCAGAAUUGCCAACAACUUUGACAUUUAUUGAUAUUAGCAACAACAGGCUUGGAAGGAAAGGAAUAAAGCAAGAAGCAUUUAAAGAUAUGUACGAUCUCCAUCAUCUCUACCUUACUGAUAACAACUUGGACCACAUCCCUCUGCCACUCCCAGAAAGCCUUCGAGCCCUUCACCUCCAGAAUAACAACAUUCUGGAGAUGCAUGAAGAUACUUUCUGCAAUGUUAAAAACUUGACUUACAUCCGUAAGGCCCUGGAGGACAUUCGAUUAGAUGGAAAUCCCAUUAACCUCAGCAAGACUCCUCAAGCAUACAUGUGUCUACCUCGUUUGCCUAUUGGCAGUCUUGUCUAAUUUCAGAUCAUGGCUAGCAUCUUGGCAACUAGUAUAACAAAAGCAAUCGUUACUGCUUCCUUUGAAACAAAAAGCACUCCAUUUUCAAAUUAUGUUAUGAAAGACAGGAUUACAUAAAAUACAACAAAAAGUACUGGGAUAUGAAAACAAAAUAAUGUAAUAAAACACCAGAUGAGUAUGCAGAAAACCAAGCAAAACAGAAAAUAUUGUACAGAUACUCUUAUCCAUCACAUAAAACUUACAAGUUUUGAAUGUUCAUCUUCUACAUAAUUUCAAAUUACGUGCAUAACAUUAAAAGGUUUUAAAUAAGCUCCUUAGGUACCUUGCCAAGAUUUAGAUGUUCUAAUUACACUUUUCUGUUCCUUUUUAAACUAAGGCAUGUUUUGUCCCUAAUUCAUUAAAGAGCAUGAAGAAAAGAAUAAAUGUAUUUGAAAAUUACAAU